UGUCAAAACGCACUCAGAAUUUGAUCCGAGUGUUGUGUUUAUCCAUCGAAGAAGAACGGACGAAAGAAUCUCUUCAGAACACAGAUGCCAGGCGCUCUGUACACGAGAGAAUCAACGUUGCAGUAGGAAACGUUUCUUCGGUCAAAGGAGAUAUAUGAGUCAACAAAGAUGAAGUGCUACAGUCUGUGUUUGGUUCUUUCGUUGCUGGUGAUAUCGAACGUUUCGUCGCAAGAAGCCGACGAGUUUGAAGUGGAGCCUGAUGAGGUGGCUAAGGUCGAGGAAGCGGUAGAUUCGGAGUACCCGUACAUCAGUCCAACUCCGCUCGAUCCAUCCAGAGUUUACAUCGCUGAUCACUUCGACGAUGUGGAGAAGUACCAGAAGCUGUGGAUCAAAUCUCUGGCGAAGAAGGAGGGAAUCUCUGAGGAAAUCGCCAAGUACGAUGGCGUUUGGGAUUUGGAAGCGCCGCAGCGCGACGGUCUGUUCGGGGAUAAAGGUCUCGUGUUGAAGUCGAAGGCUAAGCACGCCGCCAUCGCGUCCAGACUCAUCAAACCGUUCACUUUCAACACGAAACCUUUGAUCGUGCAGUACGAGGUCACGUUCCAAGAUGGUCAGGAAUGCGGCGGAGCUUACAUCAAGCUUCUCAGCGACGGAGCGGACACCAAAAAUCUGAUCCAAUUCCAAGACAGGAGUCCGUACACUAUCAUGUUCGGACCGGACAAGUGCGGUACCGAUCACAAACUUCACUUCAUCUUCCGUCACAAGAACCCGAAGAACGGCACCGUCGAAGAGAAACACUGCAAGAAACCGAAAGAACGUUUGGAGGAGGUUUUCACCGAUCAUCUGCCACAUCUCUUUACUUUAGUCGUCAAUCCGGAUAACACCUACGAAGUGCUGGUGGACAAGAAGGUCUUCAACUCUGGUAGCCUUUUCGAUGAUUUCACCCCACCGGUUAAUCCUCCGAUGGAAAUCGACGAUCCUUCUGAUAAGAAACCCGAGGAUUGGGAUGAAAGGGAGAAGAUCCCGGAUCCGGAAGCCGUUAAACCAGAGGAUUGGGAUGAGGAUGCUCCAGCUCAGAUCGUCGAUGAGAAUGCCGUUAUGCCCGAUGGAUGGUUGGAGUACGAAGCUACGCAUAUUCCAGAUCUUAAAGCUUUGAAACCUGCCGAUUGGGAUUCCGACAUCGACGGCGAAUGGGAGCCACCGCUCAUCGAUAACCCUGCUUGCACCGACGUUUCCGGAUGCGGUAAAUGGGAGCCACCGCUCAUCAACAACCCAGAAUUCAAAGGCAAAUGGAAAGCGCCUCUGAUUGAUAAUCCCAACUAUAAGGGCAAGUGGAGGCCUAAGAUGAUCCCCAAUCCGGAUUACUACGAAGACAAGAACCCAUUCAAGAUGCAUACCAUUAGCGCUGUCGGUUUUGAACUGUGGAGUAUGUCUGAAAACAUCCUUUUCGACAAUAUCAUCAUCACAGACAGCAUGGACGUAGCAGAUCAAUGGGCGGCCGAAACCUACGUGCUGAAGAGAGCCAAAAUCAGCAAAGAAGCGGAGAGCGUAUUCGAGAAGUUGGCUACCUACACUAACGAGCACCCAAUGAUGUGGCUCCUCUACAUCGCUGUCCUAGUCAUUCCCGCUGCUUCCAUCUUGUACCUUUGCUGCAAGGGCGGUAACAGUAAGGAGAAGGAGGAGGAAACGUUGCAGGACAACAAGAAAAAGACUGAUGCCUAUACGGCUGAUGACGAUGUGAUAAGGGAGGUCGAGGAGGAAGAGGAAGAUCCGGAAGCCAAGCCCGAAGAGGAUGAAGAAGAGGCAGAGGCGGAAGAACCUUCGGAAGAAGACGACAGAGAGAAAUUCUCAGGAGACGACGACGAAGAGGAGGAGGAGGAACAAGUCACGCCAAAGGAAAAGGAGGCGCCCAGGAAGCGGAAACCACGCAAAGAGUAAUUUAGUAUUCUCAGUUACCUUCGAUUAGCACCUGUUUAUUAUUAGUAAUGUUUUUGUUUCAUGUUUUUUUUUUUCUUUCUUAUAUAUGAUUUUAUUCAUCUCUCGUU